AUGCUCGCAAAGAGAGAGGCGGCCCGCGUGAAGGAGCAAUCCUCCUCCUCACCCCAGCCGCCGCAACUGGCGACACUACGGGCGUCGGGGAUCGAGGGACGAUCUCCGGCCACCGUAAGCGCGGGUCUGCGAUCGGCGAGUAAGGGCAGUCCGCCCGACCAGAACCAGGCCGGCCAGGCAGGUUGCGGGCCAGGAUGUGCACCCCACUUGACUCAAUAUUGCAUCGCCAAAUAUCUGGUACCACUCUCAAAAAGUCUAACGGAAGUGCCAGCAAGGCCGACGAUAAGCGAGCUUCCCGAUGCUGUUAUAGAUCAUAUGGUUACAAAAGACAAGGCUUUCUGGGUGGACAAGCCAGGCCUCAACGACUACACCAUACAUGAUGCCUACAAUCAGUACGGGAUAUUCCCAGAUGUUGUGAGGCCAAUUCCACAGAAUGUAUUUCCACGUUCGUACCAGUACGACCUGGACUGCGUCAGGUACCGCAGAUCCACAGCUUGCGAUGGUCUUAAAGACACGGAUGGGAAACCAAAAAAACCUCUUAGCGCCCACUGUCGCGACUGUCGUAAGCUGCAUAUACCACCCUUGACGCCAUUUCAACUCGCGUGGGCCAAGGACACAGGACAAAAGCGAUGGAGGUAUUAUCCAGACUUGACCGCCACCUUGACGCGAGAAGAAAUUCGAGCCUCAAUGGAUAAGUAA